UGGCCACACAGUGUGGCCGAGCCAUGGACUCGAGAGGAUGUGUUCCUUCUGACAAAACUCCCCCGUCGUGCCUUCCUCAUCCUCGUCGUCGUCGUAAAAUUAAAGUGAAAACAAACCCAAAUUUCGAAAGUUUCCACCUUCAAGGAGAAAAUUAUGAAGGACAUUUCUUCUCCUGCUCCUCCGCUUUGCCGGGUUGUAACAUAAAGUAGAAAAAAAUUAAUAAUUUGUAAAAAAUAUGGAACGGCGAGAGGGAAGGAGAACCCGAACCUCGUCGUCGCGGAGAACUUGUCGUGCUAGAAAGAUAAGAAAAAUUAUUACCCCUCCCACACCCACGUGACGUUUUAACCCGGGUUUAUGUAUAAGCAUUUAUUUACAUACACACACACUCACACACAAAAUGAACGUGAAUUAGAAGAGUGAAAGCGAACCUGAAGAGUGAUAAUAUCCACACGUGUCUCUACUUUAGCGGAGUGAUUUUUGCAAUAAAAGUGUGUGAAACGAUUCCUUAGACGGCACCAUGUUCAGCUUCAGCUUUGCGAGCAAGAUGCUCAAUACGAUUAUGGGGACGGAGGAGGAGGGGCAGCAGGGCCAGGGACAGCAGGGACAGCAAGGACAGGGACAAGGGCCUGGUGGUGGAAUGCCUCCCGGCGGGAUGGGUGCUGGUGGUGGGAUGAUGCGACCACCGAAUGCGGGCGGAAUGGGGGGUGGAACCGGAGGUCCCGGCGGGAUGGGUGGUUUUCCCCGCCCGACCGCGCCGGGUUCGCCACGACCAGGGUUUCCUGGUGGUCAUCCGCCCACAUUUUCGGGACCGCGACCCUCUCCAGGGGCGAGGGCGGGGCCGCCCUCCUUCGGGGGACCGGCCCGUCCGAUGGGUGGUGUGGGGGGACAACCGCACAGGUUUAAUGGGCCACAACCGCCGCCAGGGCAGCAGAUUAUGAACCCACCGGGGCAACAGCAGCAGCAGCAGCAGCAACAACAACAGCAGCAGCAGAGGGGAAUGUCGCCGCAGUUGGGGGGUGGUAGUCCAAGGCCUGGUAUGGGGGGACCGAUGAGAAUGGGUGGGCCGAGAGGGGGACCUCCUCCGCAGGGGCAAAUGGGAGGACAACAUCCGUCCCAAUUUCAGCAGCAGCAGAGACCUGUUGGUGGAGUGGCGGUCUCGCAAGCACCUCCGGGCGGGGCGGCUCCCGUGCCAGAUGUUGACCUGAGUCACUUGAGUGCCGAGGAGAGAGCCAUGAUUGAAAAUGUCAUGGCGAAAGCUCAACAACAACUCGAACACGGCCCAGCAGCCACCGCCAACACCACCGGCCUACCUCCUCAGCCUGCCCCACACUUACAGCAGCAGCAGCAGCAACAGCAGCAGAGAAUGAUGCGACCUGAAGCUCAAGUACAACAGCAACAACAACCCGGCCCCCUCGACCCCAGUGGAGGAGUCAAAAUGUGCCCCCUAUGUCGACAAAGAGAUGUGAGUGGGAAGAUGGACGGCAUGCCUGGACAAGAGUGUGCCGAUUGUCGGCUCAUUGUAUGCUCUCGGUGCGGUGGAAUGUCUCCACAUCCUGAAUCUAAGAGGCCUGAAUGGACCUGUGGAAACUGUAUAAACAAUCGGAGACAAAGACAGCAGCAGCAGCAGCAGAUGGGUCACUUUGCCACACCCACUGCCGCCCCCGCUGGCCAACACCCGGCUCAAGGCAUGAGACCUCCGCUCUCAUACCAACAGCAGCAAGCACAGCAGCAGCAACCAGGACAGCAAGGGAUGGACGCAAUUGACCCCAACCGACGCGGCAGCGGUGGCACGAUGCAGCAGCAACAACACCUCCAGCACGAGCGUGAGUUUGACCCCUACCAAAAAUCCACCACCCUUGAAGGAAUUUCCUCUCAUAAUAAGGAGAAAGUUCUCGUCGGUGGGUGGGAUAACACCCACCAGCCUCAACCCCACCCUUCCCCCCAUCCUCCUCCCACCUCAACCUCCACCUCCGCGAAACAACAACACCGUCGCCGGCCCUCCUUCGAGGACAUAUUUUCCCCCGAGAAGACGCACCACGGUGGUGGUCUUGACGAUGAAAUUAGCCCUCCCCACGUAGACGUGGCCUUUAGUUCGUACCCUUCCUCGUCCUCCUCCUCCUCACACCCUCCUCCCCCCCAGUACCACUCCACCCCAAGCAUGCUAACCAGCACGCCCGCCUCUUCUUCUUCUUCUAGCCAAGCAAAGCCUUCUUCUUUUCUUAUUUCUUCUUCUUCUUCUUCCACUAACGCUAAAGCAGUUCCCAGUCGCGCCCCGAGUGUGGACUUUCUCCCGGACUCGCGCCGAAGCUCGACCGCCUCGGUGCUUUCCCCCCCGCAAAACGGGUACUACGACUACUACACGAUGCAACAGUUGAGAGAGACCCCGAUCGAGGGGGGGCAUGAAGAACCCACACCCGCCCCACCACCACCGCCGCCACCACAGCCACCCGUUCCCGACGAGAAGACGACCGCUCUCAUGGAAGAAUUAUCCCGCCUUCAGUCCGCUGUAGAUUCGACGUUAAAACGGCGGCAACGCCAAAGCCAAAGCGAUUCGAUGGAGGAUAGAUUUCAACCCAUUUUUCGGUCAAGGUCCCCUUCGCCGUCGCCCUCGCCGAGAGGUUCGCCCUUUACGGAGAGUCCUUCGCCCAAUUCGAUGCAUUCGAAUAGGAAUAAUGUCGCGAGGAGGGGGGAUAAUAGGGGGCGGGGUUUUAUUUCGAAAUCCCCGCCGUUGUCGGGAGACGUACAGUCGCCAGAAUCGCCGCCCGGACCGAGGAAAGCUAUCGUCCUAAGGGAACAUGACUUGGACGAUUACAAGUCUUCCAGUGAGGAGGAAUCGGUGGAGAGUGAUGAUAGCGAUAGGGGAGGAGGAGGGGAUCAUGAUGGCGGGAGGAAGGGGGGUGCCGGACCUAGUGGAAGCGGGAGUGGUGGUGGUGGUGGCAGUGGUGGCGGAGAUCUGUACUAUGAUCACAGUCCAGGUGAAGUAUAUACAAUUCCGGAGGAAGAAGAUGAAGGCGGAAGUCCGACGGGGGGAGAUCUCGUGACUAGUUUGAAGCAUCAGCAAGGCGGAUUUCAACCCACAAUGCCUGGCGGUGAUUUGACGCCACGUGGAUCUCGGCGAGGGAUUCAGGGGGACGUUUUACACCAACCCCGCUCCCAACUUCGUCCCCAACGUUCGCUGGAUAACAGACUGCCUUCUUCUUCGAUGGACGGGACGUUGCCGACCCAGCAGCAGCAGAAGCAGGUGGACCCCCACCACGCCCACGUCCACCCCCACCAACCCCACCAACAAGGCGGCCUCAAUCAAUAUGCAACUAAUAAUAAUGUAACGAAUACUCACCUGCAAGACAAUGCCCUCUCCUCCGCCACGACGCUGGCCCAUUCCAACGUUAAUGCGCACAUGCCGCAGCAGAUGGUGCAAAAUCCGUCGGACCCGUACCACCAGCUGCAUCACCUUCAACACCAACAGCAGCACCAGCAACAACAGCAGCAGCAGCCUUCCGAACUACAACAGUUACAACAAGCCUUGCACGCCCAGCAAGGUCAGUCAGGUCAAGGUCAAGGCCAACAAAAUAUGUUUGGGGGAACGACAGAUGGCGGGCAAAUGAUUGACCCUAUGAGACAAAGCUCAAUACAGCAGUCGCAGCAGCAGCAGCAGCAGUUGGGACAAAUGAUGCCGGACCAUACGGGGACGGGUAUCGGGGGGAUGCCGACGACAGCACCGACGACAACGAACGAGUGGGGACAACAACAACCAGCGCCACCUUCACUUAUGGGUCCAACUGGUGGUGGUGGUCCGAUGAUGACAGACAGCCUAAUGCAACCAUAUCAACAGCAACAAUUAGGCGGGAGCGCGUUCCCGCCCACUUCAACGUCCCCCAUUCCACCCGCACAACAGCAACAAUUCCCGCCACUUCAGGGGGCGGGAAGUUUCGCCGCGCCACAACCCGCAUUUUCAACGGCACAACAACCCGUACCAGUACCGCCACCUGCCGCGGGCUUGCAAGCCUCGCAGCUCCAACAGCUCCAAGCCCAGCAAGCCCAAGCCCAACAGCUCGCCCAGCAGCAGACCUGGCUCCAACAGGCCGACCAACACUUGGCCCAGCAGGUGCAGCAAGGUCAAAACGUGUAUGACCCGUUAACCGGGAGAAUGACGGCGGCAAACCAAAACCAACCGCAGUCCUCGCCCGUCCCGCCACAUUCCACGCAAAGUGAAGUCAGCCAGUAUCAACAGCAACAGAUUUUGAACCAGCAGCAGCAACAGUUGAUGGGGACGGGUGCGGCGGGAAGUGGGCUGCAUCCUGCGGCGGCGCCUGGAGCGGCGGGAGCGAAAGGGGCGGGAUCGAUUAGUGGACUUUUGGCGGAUUUUAGUAGGGCGUUAGGUUUGGGAAGCACUUCGCCACGCCCGUCGCCUACGUCGGACGAGAAAACUCUGGCCUUUCCCCUGGCGACUGGCGGCAGUGGGUUGACCACUCAGCAGCAGCAACAGCAACUUUCACCGUAUGAUCCCUACUCGCAAGUGAACACGUCGGGUGCGCCGCCAUCCUCGAUUUCCCACCAACACUCCGCCUUCGCCCCCAUUCACGACUCCUCCUACCAACGCCAGAAUCAGCAGUUGUCCUACUUGUCGUCCGCCUCCACGCAGGCCGGCCUUCCCACCGUGUCCCAGUCCACGGGGCUCCAACAGUUCGGGACGCAGCAGUUCGUAACCUCGCCGCAACCAUCGUAUCAAAUUUUAACCCAGCAACAGCAAGGUCAACAGGGGACCGUGGGGAUGGGAGUUAUUGGCGCCCUGAGCCCCGCCCAAGCACACAUGUACCAACAGCAAAUGGCCAUGCAGCACCAACAGCAGCACAUGAAGAAGAGAUCGCGCGGGAGUUCGAGCGACAUUCAGCGGCGUGACGGCUCAUCUCUUCAGCAACAGCAACAACAACCCACCGUCCUCAUCGGGCAAAGCCUGCCGGCCGGGAUGACCUUGACCCCCGCCGUGGUGACCAGUCUCGGCACCUUCAUUGGUUCCGGGGGUCAAACGAUUCUUGGCCUCCAGCAGGCCGGUAGUCAACUAGGAGCUUCAUCACAAGGUGGAUAUGGUGGAUGGACGCCGGUGGGGACGCCGCGGAGUGGUCGCGAUCCUCCCGGAGCGGGCGACUCUUCGGACACGAUGAGCGAGACAGAUUCACAAAAGUCACUGCGCAUGAGGAGAAAGUUACCUUGCCUGCCGCCCGAGGAAGCCGCGCCCUUGCCUUCGACCAAAAAGAGGGAGAGACACAGGUCACAGGAACAGUUCAGGUCGGUGUCUCCAUUGCGGAUGCAGUCAGCAGACGGGAUGCUUCGUCAGUACCCUUUCUCCCCGCUUUCUCUCUCACGACCUUCCGCGAGUGAAAGCAACCUUAGGAAAAUUUCUAUGAAUGUGUCCGACCCCGUGCCACGACCCGGCUCUGCUCUCGGCCUCUUGCAAGCCUCCAGUGUCGUUUCCUCCAUGGGCACGAAACCCGACGUGGCUUAUCCCAUGCCCAUGUCACACUCCUUAUUCUCCACGGCAUCCACCUUCCCCGGCAUGCGGUCCUACGGCGACACCCUCUCCACCCAGACAACCUCCGUCCUCGCGGGGUUGUUCCCCUCCCACAAAACCUCCCAAGACAGUUGGAACGCCAACCUCGCGGAACUCGCGGCCUGCCUCCCGCCCGACUUGAGACACCUUCUGAACAAAGGGCCCGCCUCGUCGUCCGCCCUGGAGCAGGAGCUCUCCUCCCUCACCGGCGGGGGCCUGGACAGCCUAACGUCCUCCUCCUCAAACCAGCUCCCCUCCUACAUCCGCUCCCUGCGCGAACAGCUCCAAGAAGAAAGGCGCCAACUCCUCUCCGAAGAGCGGCGGAGGUUGGAACAGCUCCGCGAGCGGGACCGCGAACUCGGCGCGCGGCUGGAUGCCGUCACCUCCCGAGCAGAGCAAGGCUUGAGGUCGAGAACGGACCUUUCGGUGGGAAUAUCGAGAUCAGCAGGGGCAAGUCCACUUCUAAGUCGGAAGCUGAAGAGCCACCGGCGUCAAAUGUCCGAUCCUAAAGUUUCCCUGCUACAAUUUUCGCCCAUUCAAGAAGACGGGGACAGCGAGGUUCAGGAUUUUGAUCGAAUAUCGGCCAGCUUAUUGACCCGGCCUCCGUAUAAAUCCUACGAAUACGAAUCCCUCGAAGAUGACGCCCUGCUCCACCAUCACCACCACCACACCCACACGCCCCACCGGUCAUCCUCCAGCUCCGCCACGAAACCACUCCACUCCUUCGACUGGGACCAUUCCCAAUCGUAUCUGGCCUCCUCGUGGGCCUCGGCGGGGGGCGUGCUCCGUGAAACAGCCAUCAAUUCCAUCGGUACGCACCACCACCAUCUCCUCGACCACGAUCCCACCGCGUCCUACGUGUCGUCCUCCUCCUCCCGCUAUUUAUCCCGCCGAAACAGUGACGGCGAACCGGGCGGAAGAUUGGGCGGGUCGUCAUCCGGCGUGCCAGGCCACCGCCGCCAUCAAGUCCGGCGCCACAGAAAAUCCCGCUCCUGGCAUCCCUCGCCCUACGUGUCGGAAGAAGACGAAGAAGAAGAAGAAGACCUCCUCUCCCGGGAAGAGAAGAAAGUCCGGAUCAAAGCGGAAAUUGCGAGGAGACGGCAACAAAUGCAGGAAAGAAGCGCAUCCUCCUCGGGGGAUUAUACCACUUCAUCCCGCCACUUGAUGGGCGGGGACGAGCGACACUCCGUGCUCAAGUCGGUCGAUCAACUAAUCCGGGAUCAGUACCAGUAUGACGCCGCUUCCUCACCGCAACAGCAGUACCGGAGGUUUCUCUCGUACUCCUCCUCCCUUCCGGGCGGGGGCCGGAUCCACCACGGGCACGGGGGCCAGGUCACCAUCGUGUCGCCCUGUGCGUCCGAAGAGGACCGAAGUAUAGAACGGAUCGCGUCCACGUUUCGUUCAGGGGAGGAGGGCGGGUUGUUGUAUUAUGGGGAAAGGCGGGACGUGGGGGGGUUCAUGUCCCCCAUGGCGACGGACAGUGAGAGUAUGGGGAGCGAGUUGGGGGGCGUGACACCGGCAGCAAUGCCGAUCUUACCCGACAUGCCGACUCGGUCGAGAAGGCUGCUGGAGGAUUUGGGUUCUGCCCCGAUCGGACGAGCAGACGGGGGGAGCAGAGGUCAUCCAAUUAUGAAAGGCAAGUAUAGCGUGGCAUCCGCGGCCGGGCUGAGCGGCGCGUACCGCACGGUCCUCUGACAUUAAGUUAGAGAUGAGGAAAUCUAUAGGAGCAUGUGAAUCCAUAGGAAUUUUCUUUUUUUUUGUGUUGCCCAAUUUAUCAGUUAGGAAAUUUUCGGCAAGGAUUAUAUAAAAAAAUAGGGAAUUCUUUCCUUUCUCUUGCCCAGUUUUUGAGGAAAUAUUCAGAUUUUUAUUUCAGAAAUUUUUUUCUCCCCCCAGAAAUAUUGAGAAAUUUUGAAUUUUUUCGUUCUUGGUGUGAUUGCUUGUUUUUUUAAAUGAAGACUAUUCAACACAACUUUCACUUUCACUACUUUCUCUCUCUCUCUCUCUUACUGAAUGGAUAUUUGCAUCACUGUCGUGUAUACUAAAUAAUACGUGUUGCUGUCUGAACUUUCUCUGUGUAAUUCUCUUUUUUAUCUUACUUUCUCUCUAUCUAAAUGUGUCUCUCUCCAAUGAUUGUGUGCCCGCAUAAAAUCCAAACCAAACCAAACCACACCCACCUUGCUAGACGUUCUCCCAGCAUAUAAUACACGAAGAAAAAAAAGGGUGUUCGAGACACUCGAAAAAAUUUGAGGUGAGGUGCUCCCCACAAAAAAUUGUGAAUUUUAUUAAUAAUGCAUAUCUUGGAAAUAUAUAUAUCAGGAAAUCAUGAUGCUGCAUAUCAUUCAAACAUAACCAGCCAGACUUUCUCUUUUAACAAAAAUACGUAUGUAGAAUAAUAUGAAUGCUCUCUCUCUCUCUUUCUGUGUGUGUGUGUUCUCUGUCACUCUCCUCCUCAUGCUCUCGUCUGUCCGUCUCUGGAUGAGUCGUUAUUUUAGUUAGUGUGGAUAAAAAGAUGGUUUUAUGGACACCUUUCAACAGUUUUUAAGAAAUGGGUGUCGCUAUUGUUUUACUAUGAAUUUAUUGUUAUUAAGAAAUGUUACUUUUGCUCUGAAAGAAUGGAGGUCUUACAUCGUAUGCUUACAGAUUUUGGAGAAAUUUAUGUAAAUCGAACACAAAUUUAAUUAUUAUGAAAUUUGUGAAAGACUCGAUCUCCCAAAUGCGUAGAUUUGAUAUUUGCAUUCGAAGAGGAGAAAGCGAGCAGCGAAUUUAGGAAGUAUAAAGUCUGUCAACUUUAAGCUGCGCUUCACCUAUUCGGAUGCAAAUAUCUCUGCCAAAGCUGCCCAACAGGAAAUUUAUAGUGAUUAAAUUUGUAAUCAAUUGACCCUAAUUUGCCCAAAAUCUGUGAGGAAGAUCACUCACAACGUUUAGAUAAUGCCGUACGUUACCUUCAACAAGAAAGAUUUUCGAGAAAGUAGAACAAAAGUAACAUUUUUAUCGUCUUGAACUGAUUUUUCUUUAACUACUCUGUGUAUCAGCCAUAUACGUAAAUUAGCAACAAUUUUGUUACCAAUUAUGUUCCCAGAAAGAUCAAAAAUCCCAUCUUUCUCGCCGCCUCUCCAAAUUAUUUGACUCGGGUGGUUGGUAUAGACAUGCAGGUGUCGUUAAAAACUCUCCCUUCUGCACGACGCACGUACGUACCCUGUGUAAUAUUUAACUAAUUACGUAACUAGACAUUGGUUGGUGGAAGAAUAAACAUGUAUGCAUCUAGUCUUUAGUACUGAUAAUAAUUAAUUAUACAUACUUAUCAUCACUGCGCCACGAUAUACCACAAUCUUUUGUGCCUUAAAUUAUAGGUUUUGCUUAUCUUAAUUAUUUUAACAUGAUGACGUAACGUAUACAUAUUUACAUCUCUUACACUACGCCCCACACACCCACACAAACGAUUUAGGAGCGGGGUUGGAAAAAAUACCCCCUUAAGCUUGAUAAUAAUUUUGUGUAGAAAUUAAUUAUGUAAUUAAUUAAUUAAUUAAUUGAUACUUAAUACGGGUGAAAUUCCCCCCUGGGAAAAAAUAAAUGACGAAAUGACAUUCUUUCAAGUAAUAAGGAGUUAGGUUUACUUUGAUAAAUUAGUUUUUUAAGAUUUUUUUAUCAAAAAAUAUGAAUUGUUUCGUAAAAAGGGAGACAAAUCUGUUGACUAUUAAUCAAUCAAUCAUAUCUCUGUCAAGACUCUUCGGUAAUAAGGAAAAAGAGUCGAAAAUAAUUAGAGAGGAAAAUUUAGGGGAAAAUACAUACAUAAUUGCCAAAAAAAGAAAUUGGUCAAAAUUUUAAAUAUGAAGCGUGCUAUAAAAGGCGGGACGACGCCGUAAAACCACGUGCUCAUCCCUUUACCUCCCCCCUUUUAACCCCUUCCCCCCUGGCAGGCAGGCAAAAGAGAGGGCUAUUAGUAGAAAAAUGAUGAAAUUGUUGCUUUGGUGUGGUUUCCUGGAAAUGUUUUUGUAUUGAGAAAUCUAAAAAAUUGUUGUACUGUGACGUCACAUGAGUGAAAACUAUAUACGUCUCCAGCUGCUUUCUAUGUGUGCAAAAAGAGCUACAAAUUAGGAAGAGAAGAUAGUGAUUAAAUAAGUAAGAGGAAAAUGAGACGAUAAAAUGCUUGGCUUUAAGCUUCAGAGUCAGAAGUAAAAGAGGAGAAAGCAAUUCAAUACCUUGGACGAUACGUCCGCUCGGCGUGUUACGUAAUACUAAAUUUAGAUGCUAGAUAGGUAGAUAUUUAGGGUGGCGGGAUUUGUAAAAUCCUGGGAAAAUCACGUUUUUAAAACGCGCAGCUAGACAGACAACAAGCGGCAAAGAGUAAGAAGAUUUAUUAUCUCGGGUGAAAGCACGUGAGAAAAGCACGUGGAGAAAGGUGGAGUAAUUUUCCGGGAUAAUAAAUAAACAAAAAGCACAUGUCUAGAAUCGAGUUUAUUUAUUAUCUCCGGUUGAGAUGUUAGAAACCACGUGGCGAAACCACGUGCCCUCAAAGCACGUGGAGCAAUUAUAUAUUCCCCGGGAUAAUAAAUUUCAGUUUAGAACCGACUUUUCAAAAAAAGAAUCAAAAUUUCUUAACCUUUAAGACGACUGAGGAGGCAAGCAUGUGGUCACUUUAUGCAAAAGAUAUCGGGAGUUUAAAUAAUAUUUGCACAAUUUCGUGUUAAAAAUGGCAAAAAUUUGUGCAAAUGUUAUGCAAUAUGUUCAUUCAAACAAUAAAAAAUAAUACUAAAAUCUCAUUACCUCGACUACGACAAAAAGAGAAAGUUACUUCAUCAUUUUCCUCUCCGUUACGUUACACAUGUUAAAAAACCUAAAUUGUAAGGAUUUUACUGGGUCUGAUGAGAUACAUAAAUAAAUACAAUGUUGGACUAAUUACUAACUAACGACUAUUACGAUUAAAAAAUACGACUAAUAAUUAAUUACGAUAACAAUAAUAACUAACUAACAAA